GUGCCUAGCAGAGAUUAAUCUCUGGUCAGCUGGUGCCGCGUGCGUGCGAGUUGCGUGGUGGUACCGCCGCCGAAGAUCGACCGCGCGGGCGGUAUCGCAUUAAAGAAAAGAAGUAGUCUCACGUCGUCGUCGAGUCGAGAGAGACACAUAGUCAAAAAGAAUUGACCCAUCAUAGCGCAGCGCGUGUACUUACUUAUCGUCGCGUACAUCGUUUAUUCUUUUUUCUUUUUUUUUUCCCUCUCCCGAAGAAGUGCCGCGUAGUCAAUCGAUAUCAUCUCUUGAGAGUGAGAGAUACCCGUGAAUUUCGUGCUGAUCGUCCCCGGUAAAAUUGUGCGCGUAUAUAUAAUAUUGCAAAGGUACAUCGGAUCUUGAAAAAGGCUGUGAUUUUCAUUGAAUCCUACAACCAGCGAGUCUAUACACCUGUACACAUAUUAUUUAUAUAUACAUACACCCGUUAUACCCAAGUAAUAAUAAACAUCAGUGGAUUGCAGACGGCCCAUGUGUCAAACGACAGUAAAAAAAGGAGCAGCAGUAUAGCUUGAACCAUGGUGCAAAUCAAGGAAUUCCGUGUCACCCUGCCCCUGACCGUUGAAGAGUAUCAAGUUGCCCAGUUGUACUCUGUGGCGGAGGCUAGUAAAAACAACACAGGCGGAGGUGAGGGUAUCGAAGUGAGGAAAAAUGAGCCAUUCAAGAAUGUUCCACUACUUGGUGGAAAAUACACCUCUGGCCAGUAUACGUACAAGGUGUACCACUUAGCAAGUAAAGUGCCUGCUUUUAUUCGCAUGGUGUUGCCCAAAGGCUCCUUGGAGGUUCACGAGGAAGCAUGGAAUGCCUACCCUUACUGCAAAACAGUUAUAAGCGUGAGUAUCAAUUGUUUUCAUCUUUUUUAUCCUUUCGUAACUCAACUUGAAGUAUUUAUUAUUUUGCAGAAUCCUGGUUACAUGAAAGAAAACUUCUUUAUUGUGAUAGAAUCUUAUCAUAUUGGGGACACCGGUGACCAGGAAAAUGUUCACGAACUCCCACCCGAUAAACUCAAAACAAGGGAGGUCGUGCACAUAGAUAUAGCCAACGACCCAGUGUUACCAGCGGAUUACAAAGAGGAUGAGGAUCCAACCAAGUUCAAAUCGGAAAAAACCGGUCGGGGCCCCCUUGUUGAAAAAGACUGGAAGUACAAUGUGUCGCCUGUGAUGACCUGCUACAAGCUCGUCACCUGCGAGUUCAAAUGGUUCGGCCUACAGAGCCGCGUCGAGAGCUUCAUUCAGAAAUCCGAGAAACGUCUGUUUACGAAUUUCCACAGACAAGUUUUCUGUUGGAUGGAUCGCUGGCAUGGACUCACCAUGGAAGAUAUCCGAGCCAUUGAAGACAAAACAAAAGAAGAAUUGGAAAAGCAAAGAUUCCAAGGUGAAGUACGAGGAAUGCGUGCUGAUGAUUGAGGCUCCGAUAAGUACAGUGUAAUAAGAUUAAAUGAAUUUCCUUUCAAAGCAAAGAACGAUCGUCAGACUUACCUUCACACACAUAUGUAUACACUCAAAGCCAUAACGCGGUCCUGCCGGAUCGGGGCAGUUUCCAGAGUUUAUCUGUCUAGAUUCAGUGUCUAAUCUAAUUACUUACAAUUUUAAUUUAUUUACAUCUACAAACAUUUUAGAUAAAUGUAUUUAUAGUUAAACAAACGAGAGAGUAACGUUAUUGUGUUAUCACUGAUAAAGCAAAAAUACAAAGAAAGAAAAAAAAAAUGAAAAAAGUACAGGCAUGUCAAAAGGCAGAUACCAUAAGGCAAAUUUUGUGUUCACGAGACAAACACAAAAGCAUUGGAGUUAGGGGUGACAUAAAGUGACAAACGCAGUUUAGAUAAUUUAAUUAUAGUUAAAAUAUUAAAUUAAUGAUUAAUAGGUUAAAAAUAAUAAUGAAAAAAAAAAAAAAAAAAAAAAAAAAAAAAAAAAAAGUAGUCAAUGAUAUUAAGCAGCAGUUGUUGAAAUGAGCAGAUGAAAAUUUGCUUUUUGCAAACGCAUAAGUGAUUACAAAAAUGGAUGAACGAUCAUCGACUUAAGAAUUGAACGUGAAUUGAAUAAGAAAUAAUAAUGCAAGCUGCUGUAUAAAUUCUCCGAAAGUGCUAAGUGUGUGAUAUGUAAACAAAGCUACAAACUAAAGGUAAUUCAAAGAAAAAAGCAAAACUGUUGGGUGGAGGAAAAAAAAAUAAAACAAAUAGAAACAUAAAUAUCUACAAAAGCACUUGAUUCGCAGUAUAUGCAAAAAAUCCAUAAAAAUAAAACAAUAUCUUGCGCCGUAUGUCCUUAGAAAAAUUGCUCCUUAUUUUUUUAAAUGCAAAGCUAAAGUAAAUCAACCUGUGCGUCAAAGCACGAGUCUCCGCGACAGCAGCAGCAAUAGUCUCGCGCAUAUUGCUGCCUACUACCGGAUUAACCGAGAAACCAUACCAUACUUAUUACGCUUUUCCACACUUGAUCCGUGGAUCUUCUUCUAAUUGUCCGAUUAAGGAUAAAUCUUUCUAUUCUUUUAACGGAGAGUUUCAAAUAAGGGGAGCCUCAGUAUUUCAAGUAAAUAAUUAUGAUCGCGACACUUUAGGGGUGGUGAUAGUUAGUGUCCAGUUGUGUUACAAUUGCUUGUUGCAAUUAAAGUAUAAAAUAAUCGAUAUUGUAUAGGGCGUUUUACAAUGUAGGCAGAGCGAGAGUGUGAGAAAAAUAAUAAAGCAUAGAGAGUUAUUUUGAAUCUCGGCGACAUUUUAGCCCAUCAUAAACUUGGGAUGUGUUGUACAUACGUGUAUAUGAAAAUCCACGGAAGCAUACAAUGAAAUUCAGAUUUUAUUUUAUUUUGCACGACAGUUCAUUCUUCUCAAACGAAUUGAGCAAAUUUUUUAUCUUUACGUCCAACUUUAUGCGACUUUUUACUAGUUUGGCUCCAUCCUCUUGGUACACCUAAAAACGUGAUUAUUUUUACAAAGUAAAGUUUUUUAAAAAUGAUUUUAGGUUGCCUACGGACCAAAGAAGAAUAUUAGAAAAAGUAUUCUGAUUUUCAAUAAGAAGCUUACACUUAACUUGUAUCAAUUUUAAAGUUUAGAGCUUAUGUAGAUUCGACAGAAUUGAAAAAUUAACUGAUCAGACCCCGAGUAUGUUCAAGUAUCUUGUCUACAGCAUCUUUUUUUUUAUUUGCCACUUUUUUUUCAGUCAAUCGUAAAAAGCAGAAAAGAAGAGAGAUAACACUCCACUGAUCUCAUUGAAUUCAAUAUAGUUCAAUUGUCAUUUGCACAAAUAAAUCUGUAGACCGCGCCACUGGUAGACAUGACAGCAGAGAAGCGAAAGAAAGUACUUGCAGAAUACACUUGUAAAGUAGUUACUCGUAUUUUAUCGAUGAAAGAAAAAAAAAAAAAUAUUUUCCGUGUUAAUAAAUGUCAAGUUUUAAAAAGUAUUUUAUCCAAACGAGAAAAAAAGUAGAUGACGAUAACGGUUCCUCUACCAAUAUGUGUACACUUGCUCGCAUGCACUUUAUUAAUUGAAUUCCAUUGUAUGUGUCAUAUAUUGACGGAAAAAUCAAGAGAAACGAACUGUCUUUACAUCCUAAAGUAAAAAAAAAAAAAAAAAAAUACCAUCCGAGAAAAAAACAAGAUUAGUUGUGUAUAAAUACAUAUAAAAGAUAUAUAUAAAUAUGAAAGAAAGAAAAUAUUAGUUGUUCCUCGUAAUUUUAACACACAGAGGUCUCAAGUUACUCUCUGUUAGCGCUGCCAAAGGGCUGAUUAAAUGACGAAUGAAACCCAAACAGUUAACGCACAUACAUAUAAAUGUAUGUCUUGUGCAAGUUGAACGAAAAUGAAUAAACACACACGCGUAUAUAUGUUUGUA